AUGAGGAUGAAUUGGUGGAAGUGGGCUUGCCAUCGGCAUUACCGCUGGGCCCUGGGCUGCUACGUACUGCUGACCAUUGUUGCAGUGAAACUUUCUCUCAGAUUGAAAUGUGACUUUAAUUCCCUGGAUUUGGCAAACCUGCACUGUAGGGACAUUGUGUACAAGUCCCUGAAGCUGCCAGCAAAGACAUCAAUCAACUGUUCUAGGAUCAUUCAAGGGGACCAGGAAGCAGUGAUUGAGGCUCAGCUGGACAACCUGCUGGAGAAGAAGAAGAAGCGGAAGCCUCUCACAGAAACCGACUACCUCAACAUGACCAGAGACUGUGAGCACUUUAAGGUUCAAAGAAAGUUCAUACCAUUCCCACUUAGCAAAGGUGAGUUUGAAUUCCCUAUCGCAUACUCUAUGGUGGUCCAUGAAAAGAUUGAGAUUUUUGAAAGGCUACUGAGAGCUGUGUAUGCCCCUCAGAACGUCUACUGUGUUCACGUGGAUACAAAGUCCCCAGACAUUUUUAAAGAAGCAGUCAAAGCAAUUACUUCAUGCUUCUCAAAUGUCUUCUUGGCCAGUAAGAUGGUUCGGGUGGUUUAUGCUUCCUGGUACAGGGUGCAGGCUGACCUGAACUGCAUGGAAGACUUGCUCCAGAGCCCUGUGCCAUGGAAAUACUUACUGAAUACAUGCGGGACAGACUUUCCCAUAAAGACCAAUGCUGAGAUUGUCCUGGCCCUCAAGAUGCUGAAAGGGAAGAACAAUAUGGAGUCAGAGAUACCUAGUGAGAGCAAAGCAUCUCGUUGGAAGUAUCACCAUGAGGUGAACGACAUAGUGCGCCGAACUGACAGAGAAAAGGAUCCUCCCCCUGACAACAUACCUAUGUUCACAGGGAAUGCUUAUAUGGUGGCUUCUCGAGCCUUUGUUCAGCAUAUUUUCGAGAACCCCAAAUCCCGACAAUUCAUUGAAUGGGCAAAGGACACCUACAGCCCUGACGAACACCUGUGGGCUACCCUUCAGCGGGCACCAUGGAUGCCUGGCUCUGUUCCCCACCACUCCAAGUUUCACAUCUCAGACAUGGCUUCCAUCACCAGGCUGGUGAAGUGGCAGUACAUGGAAGGAGAAGUUAGUAAGGGGGCACCUUAUGCACCUUGCUCUGGCAUCCACCAGCGGUCUGUCUGUAUUUAUGGGGUUGGGGACCUGCAUUGGAUGCUUCAGAACCAUCACCUGUUGGCCAACAAGUUUGACCCAAGGGUGGAUGACAAUGCCCUUCAGUGCUUAGAAGAGUACUUACGUUAUAAGGCCAUAUACAGGACUGAGCUCUGA